CCAACACAGCCAGACUUUCCUUGAAGAGUGAUAACACGCGGAGGACCUGACAAUUGGCGUUCACAAUUCUCUGAUCUCAGUUUUCUGUAUUUCGGCUGUGGGACACAGGAAGUGUUUUGUGUACUCAGUGUCAAUCAGUGAUUUGAAGGUAUUAUAGCAACGAGUAACGAAUGCCUGUUAGGGGAUUGGAGUGAAGCUAUGAACUUCAGGCAGAGUGCGCACUUCUGUGCGCCGAAGAGUUGAAAGACGUUUUGAAAUGCAUGGGACACACGUGCAGAAUCUGCGGUAUGGCUCAGAUGAACAUCGCCCAUAUCUGAGUAGGCACUGGUUUGUGGACACAUUAGACUGAGAAUAUUCCCUCAUUUUAAACAACAGAAAGAGAAGAUUAACAAAAGAAAAAUGGCAAGUGAAGAAGCACGCCUUGCGAGACUGCGAAGGACGUUGCAUUCCUUAGCAACUCGAGUCCCAAAAGUAAUUCUAACACGAGUUGACUGGACAUUUCCUGCUUUGAAGAAUCAGGCUAGUGUUCAAUUAAAUGCAGCAAAUAUUGAAGCAACACACGUCAUUAAGGAUGUUAAUGCCAAAGAAUUUCUUCGUGAACAGGGAGCAGAAUUGUUAAACAGAGAAGAAAACUUCGAUUUUUGUGAGAUAUGUAAGAAGUCAUUGUCUCGUGAGAAUAAUUUCUUGGGACAUGCAAGUGGAAGUAACAGAGAAACAACGUGUCUUUGUAAAAUGUGUGUCCCAUCGUUAACUCCCAAGCAUAGUGCAGUACAAGGAUCAAGUGGUCGCAGUAAGUCUUUUUCUUGCAAAGAUAGCAAGAAGAAGUUUAGCAGUCGCUAUAAUUUGUACAACCAUACCAGAGUGCACACUGCAGGAGGGCCAAUUUCUUGCAAAGUGUGUAACAAAACGUUGGCCCACCACUUUCACCUAAACUGGUAUCUCAGCGCACAUAGUGCAGAACAGCCGUUGUCGUGCGAAUUGUGUAAGAAAAUAUUCGCCCUGCGCUCUGACCUAAACAAACAUUUCAGAGUUCAUAGUGGAGAACGGCCUUUUUCGUGCAAAAUGUGUAAGAAAUCGUUCGCCCAGCGCUCUAACCUAAACACGCAUCUCAGAAUGCACACUGGAGAACGACCGUUUUCAUGUCAAAUGUGCGAGAAGACUUUCACACAGCGCUGUUACCUAAACAGGCAUCUCAGGGCACACAGUGGAGAGCGACCGUUCUCGUGUGAUGUUUGUAAGAAACGGUUCACUCAGCUCCAUCACCUAAAAAUACAUCUCAGAAUACACAGUGGAGAAAGACCCUUUUCUUGCGAAGUGUGUAAGAAAACUUUCGCUAGAAGAGAUAUCCUGAAAAAUCAUCUGAGGGUGCACAGUGAAGAACGGCAUAUUUCGUGUAAUUUGUGCAAGAAAAAGUUCACUCAUCGCUUCGUUCUUAAUAUGCACCUCAAAUCACACAGUGCAGAACUAGCAUGAUUGUGAGAUAUGGAAAGGAAUGUUCACUUGUGGUGGAAAACAAGAACGGCGUCACAUGGAAUAUCAUGAGAGAGAACGUUUUCGUGUAAUAUGUGCAAGGAAGCAUCAAUUCAAAGUGACAGUGCGAGUGUACAGAUACAUUUGAAUUUCGCAUUUCUUUCAAAUAUAUUCAUUGUAUCAACUGAAUUAUUCUGUUUAAAAUGUUAUAUUUUACUCUAAGGAUUUAUCUGGUUACAGAAACUGAGCAUUUUACUGUAUGAUAAGUUUCGGUGCCAGUUGUUUCACAUUUUUAGGUCCUCACUCUUUCAUUGACUAAGACUUGUUUAUAUAAUAUACUCUUUAUCUUUUCGUAUUCCCAUAGGUUUUAUUCAUAUUUCUGUAGUUUCAUUCAUUUGUAUUACAGGAAUAUUCCCACAUCAAUCUUCUCUGUCCACUGUUACAAGGAUAUGUCCAAGAUUUAAUUUCACAUUUUUAAUGUUUUUGUUUUCAAUUCAUUGAAUAUUCACAAUUACCGUAACUUGUUUUCUUGAGUGAAUUCAGUAUUGUUUAUUGGAAGGACGAUUGAUAUAUUACGGUUAUAUUUUAAUAUUAAUAUAUUAUAGUUACCUUCGGAUUCGGCCGCGCUAUAGCUUAAGUCGUUAGUCGCUGGUUUCUCAAUUCGACGGUCCGCGUUC